GAGUUUGUGGCAUCCAGAACACCAUUUCUAUAUAUAGACGACGAUAAGGUUUUAUAUAUACACAACAUUUACAACAAGGCAGGCAUUGGGUUAAUUAGCAGGGCAGGGGUAUAUAUAGCUGAGGGGAUCGGAGCUAGGCGGCGAUGGAUCCUGCCAUGGCGACCGGCGGUGGCAGCAUCCCGAAUGUCCACAGCAACACCGACAGCAGCAACAAGACGCUGCUCAAGAGCCAAGCCCUGUACAAGUACAUCCUGGACACGACGGUGCUGCCGAACGAGCCGGAGUGCAUGCGCGAGCUGCGCCUCCUCACGGACAAGCACGAGCGGAGGAACAUGGCGACGCCGCCGGACGAGGCGCAGCUGCUGCGGAUGCUGAUCAAGCUGAGCGGCGCGAGGAACGCCAUCGAGGUGGGCGUCUUCACCGGCUGCUCGCUCCUGGCCACGGCGCUGGCGCUGCCCGACGACGGGAAGGUGGUCGCCGUCGACGUGAGCCGCGAGUACUACGACCUCGGCCGCCCCAUCAUCGACAAGGCCGGUGUGGCGCACAAGGUGGACUUCCGGGAGGGCCCUGCGCUGGAGCACCUGGACGCGCUGCUCGCCGACGAGGCCAACCACGGCGCGUUCGACUUCGCCUUCGUCGACGCCGACAAGCCCAACUACGUGCGGUACCACGAGCAGCUGCUCCGCCUGGUGCGCGUCGGCGGCGCCGUCGUGUACGACAACACGCUGUGGGACGGCACCGUGGCGCUGCCGCCCGACGCGCCCAUGUCGGACCACGACCGCCGCAUCUCCGCCGCCGUCCGCGACCUCAACGCCCGCCUCUCGGCGGACCCGCGCGUCGAGGUCUGCCAGCUCGCCAUCGCCGACGGCGUCACCAUCUGCCGCCGCGUCGUGUGAUCAUCGAUGACAUGAACAUAUAAUAUGACAUGACAUCACCGGCCGGCCGGAUCCCUAGAGACGUGCAUGCGCGGCAGUGUGGAUGUGUGGUUAACUAUGUUAAACGAGUCCAUAUUAUAUCAAAUGUUUGGACACAAAAUAUUAAAUAUAGAUUAUUUAUAAAACUAAAAAUUUAGCUA